AUGGAAUCAGUUGGGAAGCAGGUUCAGCCUUUCAAAAACCCACAAGCCACCGGAAGUGCAGCAUAUGUGACAAAGAACGAUAUUCCGUCUCAUAUUGUCAAAUUCGUGAACGAUUUCAUGAUUGCCGAGAAUGGUACCUCAUCUCUCACUGUAGACGAGCAUUAUCCUGAAUUUACGAGCUCCAGCUGUGGUGUCGGCUCAUACAUGGAUACCGAGGAUGGGACUGAGUUCCAUGCGGUUGAAAAACCCUCAGACUUCAAGAAGGAGAUCUCUUCGAUUAUAAACUCUAUAGAGGAGCCCACGCCGGCGCAAUAUAUAGCCACCGAGAUGGAAUCGAUUGGGAAAUCGCUUGCUAAAUUUAGGGACCGAAAAAAUUUUCAAGGAAAGGCUUAUGUGACCGUAUACGAAAUACCAUCUAAGGUCGUGAAAUUAGUGAACGACUUUUUGGUUGCCAUGAAG